AUGACAGCAGGACUCUCCGGCUCUUUCCUGGACUCCAGAGGUCCACUUCCACUGAGGGGACAGAAACCUGUCUGCAGCUCUUCAGUCAGCAUGGAGCUGUUUCCUUCUCCCUAUGGUCUACAACAGGAAUAUGAGACUCUUUUCACCUCCAGCUCGCUGGACUUCCUCCACCAGCUGAUCUCCACCUUUAAUGAGGAGGUGGAUCAGGUCUUAGGGUUACGAGUGUCCAGGAAGGCCCAGUUGGACCUGUCAGGUGACCUGCCGGGCUUUCUGGAGAGCACCAUAAACAUCAGGAGGGACCCGGACUGGAGGGUCCUCCCCGUCCCCCCGAGGCUCCAGAGGAGACAUGUGGAUAUCGGGGACCUGGCUCCCUGUGACACCCAGCGCUUCAUUAAGGCUCUCCGGUCCCCAGCACAGGGCUUACAGGUUGACUUUGAUGAUGGAAACUGCCCGACAUUUUAUAAUCAGAUCAAAGGCAUUCAUAAUGUUUUGAAGGCGGUUCACAACCAGUUCCCCAAUGUUCCAGAUAUCUCUCAGGCUCCAGUUCUGAUGCUUCGUCCUCGAGCCUGGAACAUGGUGGAGCACAACAUCAUGGUGGAGGGCAGAGAGGCUCCUGGUCCUCUGGUGGACUUCGGACUCCUCAUGUUCCACUGUGGACGGAAACUUUAUGAAAACAAGAGUGGACCCUUCUUCUACCUCUCUAAGGUGGAGAGCUUCAUGGAGGCCAGACUGUGGAACAAGAUCUUUAUCUGGACUCAGCAGAAGUUGGGUCUUCCUGUGGGCAGCAUCAAGGCGACGGUGCUGAUAGAAAAUGUUCUAGCAGCGUUUGAGAUGGAGGAGAUCCUCUACGAGCUGAGAGAACAUUCAGCAGGACUCAACUGUGGCAUCUGGGAUUACUCCGCCUCCUUCGUCAAUAAGUUUGGUCACCGCCAGGCCUUCCUGCUGCCUGACCGCAGUAAAUACGUCAACAUGGAGAAGCGUUUCCUGCGCAGCUACAUGGACCUGUUGGUCCAGACGUGUCACCGGAGGGGAGCGCUGGCCACCGGAGGCAUGGCCGCCCUGCUGCUGCCUCAGGACCCGCAGAGUGACUCGUACAGGAGAGUGUUGGCUACUGUCACCAGACUGAAGCUGUUGGAGAUCCAGGCCGGCGUGGACGGCUUCAUGGUUUAUGAUCUCAGUCUGAUUGAGCCAAUGCAAAAACUUUUCAAACUCCACACUGAAGGUGAAAACCAACUUGACCAGCUUCGACAUGAUGUCACAGUGACUCCUGAGGACCUGCUGUCCAUGCCUUCAGGAGGAGUCACUCUUUCUGGUUUGAUGUAUAACAUAGCAGUUGGUGUCCUCUUCAUUAAUGCUUGGCUGUCAGGCAAAGGCCACUUUUUCUACAGAGGCCAGGUGGAAGAUUCAGCCACAGCAGAGAUCUCCAGAUCACAGGUGUGGCAGUGGAUCCGUCACCAGACUGGUCUGGAGGAUGACAGCAGGUUGGUGAGCAGACGGCUGGUGUCUGAUCUCACCAAGGAGAUCAUGAUGGAGCUGAAGGUUCUCUGCCCCUCCGUCAGUUUACCCUCAGCAGCAGACAUGUUCCUGGAGGUUGUCCUGAGGAGAGAUUUCCCAGAGUUCAUCACCAGCUACCUGAACCAGGACCACACCUUUAUCACCUCCCAGGACCCGGGACAGGUGGAGGCUGUGGACUCACACCUGCCCCGCUCCAAACUGUGACCAUCCAGCUGGAACACAGUAAAAAAAACACUGUGGGAAGAUCCACGGGGCUUUGGAAAUCACAAUGAACAUCAUUCAUUAUUUCCUGUGAUUUUACAUCAUUAACCCUCUGGGGUCUUUUGCCUAUUUUGGUCGUUUUUGAAUACUUUUGAUUUUGCCCUUCAUGUACCACAUGAAAAAUGUUUACUAUACCCAUAUUUGGAAUCCAUCUUUUCUCCUCCCAUAUGAUCGGACAAUUGUUUUUUCAAUUUAACCUACUUUAUCAAUCCACAAAUAUGCUCAAUUAACUGUUUUGGAACAUGGAAAAUGUAACAUUGGAAAAUGUAAACAUAUGAUGCAUAUAUGAACAUAUAAAAACGUACAAAUUGAAAUAUAAUAAAAUUAUACAAUAAAGUCCCAGAAAAACA